UCGACACGAACAAAAUGUUGCAAUCGGUCUGUAGACGUGUUCCUUUUAAGAGAUCUCUGACUGCCCAGUUAAGCAAGAGGUUUCUGAGUCAAAGAAAAGAUGAGAGUCUCACGAUUUGCAGUCAAGAAGAUGGCAUAAGAAGAAUUGUUCUAAACAAUCCAAAACGAAGGAAUGCCCUUUCCUUGAAAAUGCUGGAUACAAUUAAGUCAAACCUACUUCAAAAUGUAGACUCUGGACUUAGAGUUAUUGUCUUGUCUGCAAAUGGAGGUGUUUUUUCCUCUGGACAUGACCUUAAAGAACUGACAGAAGAAGAAGGAACUGACCAUCAUGCCCAAAUCUUUCAUCGUUGCACUGAAGUCAUGACACUUGUUCAGGAUAUUUCUGUUCCUGUCAUAGCACAAGUGAAUGGACUUGCAACUGCUGCAGGAUGUCAAUUAGUAGCCAGUUGUGAUAUUGCAGUGGCCUCCUCUAAUUCACAAUUUGCUACACCAGGUGUCAACAUUGGGUUAUUUUGUUCUACUCCUGGAGUUGCUUUGGCUCGUGCUGUACCUAGAAAAGUGGCAUUAGAAAUGUUAUUUACUGGCAACCCUAUUAGUGCAGAUGAUGCUCUUAAGUCUGGCCUCCUUAGCAAGGUUGUACCUGAGGAAAAACUAGAAGAAGAAGUCAAUGCGAUUGCUACAAAGAUUGCUUCAUUAAGUCAGCCUGUUGUAGCUAUGGGAAAGUCAUGUUUCUACUCACAAACCAUGAGAGGACGGGAUCAAGCUUAUGAAGAGGCGGAGGCAGUGAUGGUUGAGAACCUGAAGCUUCGUGAUGGGCAGGAAGGAAUCAAGGCUUUUCUUCAAAAAAAGAAGCCAUCUUGGACACACAACUGACUGUCAUUAGCUGUAGUUCGUGUCUACACAAUAUUCAGUUGCGUUGGUUUCGCUUUACUUCACUACGCUCUGUGAUUGGUUUAAAAAAACUCACGCCAUUCUCUUAACCAAUCAGAUGUAAAACCUAAAUCAAUCGGUGCCCGGUCACUCACGUUUCCCGCGCUUCGGGCAAUGUUUGAACUCUAUAAUCUCAUUCACUUCUUGUGAUAUGUCUCUUGUUCUGUUUGGCCGUUGGUAUAAUUGGGAAAAAAAAGGUAGGGGUUGUUCGUCAGUCCAGUGUUAUACUUCAGCAGUCCAAAGAAAAAGGUACUUUAUCCUCCCGAAGGAGAAUCUUAAUUGUUUGUUCACGUGAAUUGACCUUCAAAGUAUUACA